AUGGCAAGGAAGCCUACUUCAAGCUCCUCAAGAAGAUCAAAGAUGGUCAGGGGUGACCAGUACGAGCUAACGGUCGAAACCCGGGCAACCCUGAACAAGCUGGGAGAUCGAGUUAAGAUGCGUAUAUCCUACCCCGAUUUUGACGGCGGGGAGUCAUUCAUCCAUGACAUGAGCUCCCCUCAAUACCAUUGGCUUCCUCCAGGCUGCCUUGUUGAAGAGCGUUUUCAUGCUACUGGAAAGGUCUAUAAGUAUUAUUAUGAUCCUGAGGGCUGGCAAUACUACGCUAAGUGCGGUUUUCUGAAGUGCUUGGAGAAUCAGGGAAUAUUUGUUCCCUAA